AUGAGCCGAGUCUCCAAGAUUGAACCAACGAGUUCCUACCCGCCAGAGACCACAGCCGAUGAGUUAAACCACCUUGCCCACACCAUCAAGGACUGGUCCAUUGGCAACGGCCUUGCAGUUCGGACACCGCCAACGGUCAUUGCAUCAGAGGCCGAUCCAACAGGCAUAACCGCUGUGCCCGCUCCUGUGACGCUGUUCCCAUCUGGAUUUCCCCGCCAGGCUUUCCUCCAGGGCCAGAAGGCUCAACAGGCAUAUAAUGACUUGUAUGCCGCCGUGAGCAGAGAUGAGAGGUUCUUGGCAGACGUCGUCAAACAGGUCAUUGAUGGUGACGACUUUGUCCGUGAUUUGUGGGCUGUACACGAGACCGUCAAGUCAGAAGGAUACACACAGCCACUUUCCUUGGGUCUCUUCCGGUCUGAUUACAUGGUGCACGAAGACAAGUCUUCCUCGCCUCCCACCCACCAAGCCAAGCAAGUAGAAUUCAACACCAUUGCCUCCUCCUUCGGCGGACUGUCUGUCUAUGCUUCCAAGCUGCACAACUUUCUGGCAAAGACUGAAUAUGCUCUCCUUGAACAAUCCCUUGCCCCCGAAGUUUUGGAGCUCCCUGAGAACAAUGCCAUUGAGGGACUGGCUGGCGGCCUUGAAGCAGCUUAUCAGGCCUAUGGCGACUCCGAAUUAGGACACGAUAAAUGCGUCAUCUUCCUGGUUCAAGGGGGCGAGCGCAACGUAUUCGACCAACGCCAUUUGGAGUAUCAAAUCGGCAAGGCUACACCAACCAUCCCCGUCUUCCGACUCCCUUUUGCAGACAUCGUGGAACACACAUCCAUUGCAGCAAACCCUAAGCGCCAGCUUCUCUACACUCACCCGCGAAACCCGAACAAGGUCUUCGAGGUCGCUGUCAUCUAUAUGCGAGCAGGUUACGGCCCCGGCGACUAUCCUAAUCAGCAAGCGUGGGAUGCAAGAUGCCAUCUGGAGCGGUCGCAUGCCAUCAAAUGUCCCACCGUACUUACCCAGGUUGCCGGCAUCAAGAAAGUUCAGCAGGUUCUCGCAACCCCUCGGCCAUCAUCCGAGCCUUCCAUUCUCAGCAAGUUUAUCAAGGACGACACGCCAUCUGCCAUCGCUCUAUGGAACACAUUUACCAACAUCUACCCGAUGGACACUUCGGAUGUAGGCUUGGAGGCUCGCAAGAAGGCUCUCGAUCCAAAGCAGUGCGUUGACUACGUUCUGAAACCACAGCGGGAAGGAGGCGGAAACAACAUCUAUGGAAGCGCAAUUCCAGAUUUCUUGAAGACGGUACCAGAGGGGCAUUGGAACUCGUACAUUCUCAUGGAACUUAUUAAACCCCCACCUGUGAAGAACUUCAUCCUGCGAAAUGGAAACAUUGAGAAGGGCCGUGUUAUUUCCGAGCUAGGCGUGUAUGGCACAUGUCUCUGGAAUCAAACAACGGGCGAGGUUCUGCGAAACGAACAGGCAGGGUGGCUACUUAGAACAAAGGGUGAAGAGAGCGAGGAGGGGGGUGUCGCCGCGGGAUAUGGGUGCAUGGAUAGCGUCUCACUCACCUACUCGCCUGUUGAUUUCGAGGAGUUGGACGCAGAGGCAGCAGCCAAAGCGCAAGGAGCCUAA